AUGGGGAAGCAGGUUUGGAGUCUGGGAAGCUUCCUGAAGCUAUUCGAGAGACGCGAACGUUGGUGCAUUGGCGCAUUGCCAGUUGGCAAACAUUCACCCGACAUGCCCUCUGCCACAGAUUCUAGCGCCACGGUGCGAAUGCCCGCCUGGAAAAGAUUGGGGUUGAAACUUAAGUCUGCUCAAGAUAACCCUGAACCUCCUGCUGCCGAUACCAAGAGGAAACGGUUGGAUGAAGUUGAAGAAGCUAGCUCUCUCAAAAAGCCAAAACUUUUGCCAGAUUCUCGCAAGAUACCUAUCGUAGACCAAGUUACCCCAGAGCCAACACGAAAGAAGUCCGUCACAUUCACGCCGGAGACCAAGCACGAAGACGGCGAUAGCAUCAAGGCGUUGUUCAGUGCUUGGGUGGCAGAGCACAAAAACCAAGACGACUUGUCGGCACCAGUUUUCCAGACUCCACAAUAUACAACAGUCGAAGAGUCGUUUGACACAACCUUAAACGAGAAAGAGAGGAGAGUGAAGAGAGUCAAAACGACGCAAGGGAAGACGGAAUCCCAAGAACCACCAAAAGCCACUGAUUCGAAAAAAGUAAAGAAGAAGAAACAGACAGAUCACCUCACAGCUCCUAGUGCCCCAACAAAACAAGCCGAAGAGAGCCUCAAAUCUACUGAGCAAUCAAAACUCACGAAAGCAAGGAAACUGAGAACCGCAAAAGGUCCUUCAAAUCCCGCAUUACCUGAGAAACCUUUCUUAGCAUACCUCAAGCAAUACAGCGAGUCGAAGGAGACCUGGAAAUUCAAUAAGAAUCACCAAUCACACCUUCUAAAGCACCUUUUCAAUGUCGACGUUAUCCCAUCCAGUUACGCACAUUACGUCUACGAAUACGUCAAGGGUUUACAAGGCGGGGUACGGACUCGGCUGCGGGAUACAGCUCUUGCAAUCAAAGUCAAGGACCAGGAAGAACCAUUUCCCACAAACAUGGAGAACGCAGAACAGCGAAAGCGAGACUACGACGUCGCUAUGAACGAAUACGUUGCGACAAUGGUCGCUGCGGAAGUCGGACCCGAUGUUGGCUACGAGGAAGGUGUCUUGCUGGGGCUAUCAGAUAUUGCAAUGCCGAUGAGAAUUGCAAAGAGGAAAAGGGUCGAAAGGAUUCUCGUAAUACUUGGUUCUGGGGAGGGAGAGAUAACUGGAACUAGCGACAAAGAAAUUGUGAUAGGCGAUGAUGAAAGUCAGAAGCGGUUGAGAACGAAUGAUGGGUCUUCUCAGAAGGUCGUCAGGAAGCGGAAGCAGAGGACUAUGGUGGCUGAUGAUGAAUCUACUUCCGAGGAGGACUCUAGCGAUUCUGAUGAGAGCAGUUCAGACGAGUCCACCAUACAAAACGGCAACGCUGAGGAUUCAUCUUCCAGUUCAUCCAGCAGCUCAUCGGAUUCUGAGGAGAGUGAUAGCGAGGAUGGUUCCGAGGAAAGCGAAGGCGAUCAUAAGUGA